AACACAAUAGAUCUAUCUAAUGUUUAACACAGUUCAUUAUACUUGCUAAAUAAUGACAAACCAGUUUAAUUAGGUAAAUAAUUCACAUAACUGUCUUUGUACUUGUCAUUUGUUUUCUUUCCAAAAUGGAUGAAGAAAUACUUGUAAUCAUUAAACUUUUGGUUCUCUCUUUUGUAUUGAGCAUUGCGAUUGGUCAGUGUCCGGUCGGCUUCGAUUGUCCUGUUGGCCAAAUUUGUGCAAUGGCUAGACAGGACUACGGUCCAGCACGUCCAGAAUGUAUCAACUCGGGAGGUGAGGAGGCCGCUUUAUUACAUCAGGCUAUGGGAGGCAGACCAGCAAGUCCAUAUACAAGAGCAGAUCAUUUCGGAUUUAAUCGUUAUCGAGGAUCCCGAUAUCAUUCUGGAUAUUUUGGACGCCCAUAUCUUGGCUUCCGAGACCCCUAUGUAAGAGAUAAUUGGAAUCUAAGGACAGGCAGAUCUAGAUAUCCGAUCGGUAUAACCAGAUAUCCUUCCGUGUUUGGACGCCAAGUUCAAACUUUCGGUGGGUAUGUUCCAACGGAAUUGCCCGGUUUUCACGCUCAUAAAAUUGGCCCACGUCCAAGUGUUGUUAAUGACAUGACUGGAUUAAAACGUCAUAAUGUGACCGUCGAUAAUAACAAUAAGAAUGUUCUCACGCAAAACGGGUCAGGAAAUGUGGAUGUGAACCAAGUUGCAUCACAAUCUGCUACACCUACGCCUCCUGUUGAUCCCAUGCAUCCAAAACAUCCUGGUCCUCUUGUUCCAGUUGACAUCCAUGAUGUUCUUGGUCCAGGAAUUCAUCCGAAAAUCACACAUCCAGAAGUUGAUCUACCUGUAGAACCAGUGGCUGGGCAUGGUAACCAAGGUAUCCCUCUUGGAUUUGUACAACCAGUGGCUGGACAUGGUAACCAAGGUAUCCCUCUUGGAUUUGUAGAACCAGUAGCUGGACAUGGAAAUCAAGGUAUCCCUCUUGGAUUUGCAAAACCACGUGUUGUUUAGAGGACGAUUUAUUUAUAUUGUUUUAUAUAAAAGCAAAACAUCUCACAAAAAGGAAUCAAAUGAUCUAGUUUUCUUUGAACGCCGCCUUUCCUUGUUGUUCUUUUUCAUCAUAUUUUGUAUUUUGUCAUUAUCUUACUUUAUUACAAAAAUGCAAAAGAAGAGAGUAUAAUAGUUGUGAAAAUAACAUAAAGCGACAAUUUGCUAGUUUGUUUCGCAGUAUGUUUUGCUUUUGUAUUUAGAUAGCUUUUUAUAAUCGUUGUAUAUGUUCUUAAGCGAUUUGCU